AAGUGCCCCUCGUCGCCAUGGCUACAGGCGCGGGCGCCGCCCGCAACGUUCAGUUUCCAUGGAAGAAGAUGCGAGCCAGCCCCAUCCGCAUCCCGACUGUCAGCAAUGACACCUACUGGGACUUCUGCUUCCAUCUGUCACAGCAAACCAAGAUCCCAGAGCAUCAGCAAACAGAUGAGUUGUAUCCCACUAGUGGGUCUGGAGAGAGCGAACAAGAUGCUAAAGCCAAGGAGGAGAAGGCCAUAGACCGUAUGUCUCUUCCCAAAGAGAAACUGGCCCAAUCCCGGAAGAAAGUAGCUCAGCUGAUUAAGGGAAAAAUGAUAAUAAAACAAAAAACUCACUGGAAUACCCUAGCAAAUAAGGAGCUGAUUCGCUGUGUCAUCCUUCCUCGGAUUAUUUUUGGGGAAGAACCCUGGAAAUGUGCACAGGCUUUGGCCACCCUGGCUUAUGGCUACGUGACACUGAGAGGUCUCCCAGCUCAGGCCAAGAACCAUGCUGAGUCUGCCAAGAACACACUGCUGACCUGGAAGGGAAACACGACCUCAGACAAGGAGAAAAAGGAAAUCCUGGAAACUCUGGUCAUGCUCUACUACACUCUGGGGGUGGCCUGGCUCCUACAGAGCCGUGGCAGAGAGGCUUAUUUCAACCUGCAGAAGUCAGAGAGAAACAUGGAGGAGCUGAAAAAAUCAUAUAAGGGAGGGGCUUCUGGAUUACAGGUCUCAGAGGAAGACCUAACAGUUGCUUUGGGCAGAGCCUCCUUGGCCAACUGCAGGUUAAACCUAGCUCUGGCAUACUUUGAAAAGGCAGUUGACAAUGUUAUUGCUGCUAAGGGUGAUAGGACAUCAGAUCUGCUUGGUCUUUAUGAGGAAAUUGCUCAGAUCGAGCAGCUGAGGAGGAACCAUGACCAGGCCAUCCAGUACUUGCAGCAGGCCCAUUCCAUCUGUGUUUCUUUGUUCACUGAAGUCAGCCCCCAAGCUGCAGAGGCGAGCGCGUUACUAGCCAAGGCUUAUGCCAUGACUGGAGAGGCCCAACACAGGGUAAGUAGAAGAGAUGCUGUUGAGAUAUAUUUUAUAAAAAGCAUCGCUGCAUAUCACACAAUGGGCCCAGAGGAUUAUGAAACACUGACGACCAUUGAAGAAUUUUGCAAAUGGCUUGUUCAAAAUGGGGAAAAACAGGUAAAUGUUAUCAACUAACAAAUGUAAUUGCUAGAUUGUUUAUUAGAUUGGGACAGCCUUUUUCAUCUCAUUAUUCAGAAACUGGAGCUCAGAGAAGGCUCAGGUAAAGCCAGCAAUAAAAAUAGGGCUGGUGCA